AUGCCGCGCCUCCACGAGUACGAUUAUCUCUUUGCCAUUGGCACGUUGUUUGCCCUACUUGAUGCUUACAACAACGGUGCAAAUGAUGUAGCAAACAGCUGGGCGACCAGUGUCUCGUCCAGAUCUGUCACAUACCAACAAGCCAUGGUCCUUGGUGCUGUGUUUGAGAUGGUUGGAGCCAUCACUGUUGGCGCCCGAACUGCAUCCACCAUCAAGAACAAGAUCAUUCCCCUCUCUGCCUUCGAUGACAACGCUGGUGUCCAGAUGCUCGCAUUCACUUGUGCGCUCGCUGGUGCCUCGUCCUGGGUCAUGUGGUGUACCCGACAUUCUGCCCACGUCUCAUCAUCCUACUCGCUCAUUUCGGCUGUUGCCGGUGUGGGUGUCGCGCUCGCUGGUGCCUCUCAGGUAGAAUGGGGCUGGAACGAUGGCCAGGGUCUCGGUGCAAUCUUCGCCGGCUUGGGAAUGGCUCCCAUCAUCUCCGGUGGCUUUGCUGCGACAAUCUUCAUGCUCAUCAAGCUGGUGGUGCAUAUGCGAAAGAACCCGGUGCCCUGGGCCGUGUUUACCUCGCCGUUUUUCUUCCUUGUUGCCGGCACUAUCUGCACUCUGUCCGUUGUCUACAAGGGCUCUCCCAAUCUAGGUCUGAACAAGAAACCCGCCUGGUACAUUGCCUCUGUCACCAUGGGUGUUGGUGGUGGCUUGUUCAUCCUGUCUGCCAUCUUCUUCGUUCCCUGGUUGCACGCAAAGGUUAUCAAAAAGGACCACACCGUCAAGUUCUGGCAUCUGCCCAUGGGUCCUCUCCUCUGGAAGCGACCACCUCCGGCCGAUGUUCAUGAGAAAGCCAAUGUUCCGGACUACGCCGUUGUUCAGAAGCACGACGACGAAGCUGAAGCUGCUCCUCGUACACCAGACUCCGAGAGCCAGGAUGACGUUGAUCAAAUCGAAGCUGAUGUCAAAGGGCAUUCCCAUAGCACGGCAGAAAAGAGCCUCGCCGAGGUCGAGGCUCAGUCCACCCACUUGACCUAUAAAGAACGCGUCGCUGAAGCCCAAGCAAGGUUCCACGGACGACUUCGGAAGAAGCGUGGUCCUCUCGGCUGGGCGAUGCGGACUUUGCACGACAACCCCAUUGGCGAAGGCGAGAUCUACGAGAUCCGCAACAUCAAGACUAUUUUCAAACGCAUUCCGGCCAUGCUCGUCGUCGCCGUUCUGUAUGGCGUGAACUACGACAUCCACGCUGCACAGACCGGCGUCACGGGUACGCCCGAGGGUCGACGUAUGGAGCGAGUGUACUCUCAUGCGACCAAAUAUCCCAACGAGGUCGAGCACACCUAUUCGUUUGUCCAGGUCAUCACCGCGUGCACGGCGUCCUUUGCCCAUGGCGCCAACGACAUUGGCAACGCCGUCGGUCCCUGGGCAGUCAUCUACUCGGCCUGGAACACUGGCGACGCCGCGAAAUCCAGCGCCGAGGUGCCCAUCUGGCAACUCGCGGUGCUGUCGGCGACGCUUUCCCUGGGUCUCAUCACCUACGGCUACAACAUUAUGAAGGUCAUGGGCAACAAGAUCACCUACCACUCGCCCUCGCGAGGCUCGUCGAUGGAGAUGGGCGCCGCCAUCACCGUGUUGCUGUUCUCCCAGUACAAGCUCCCCGUCUCGACCUCGAUGUGCAUCACCGGCGCGACCAUCGGCGUCGGUCUCUGCAACGGCACCUGGAAAGCCGUCAACUGGCAACGAGUCGGUCUCUUGGUUUUCUCCUGGAUCAUGACCAUCCCCAUCGCCGGCACGCUUGCGGGCUGCAUCAUGGGUAUUGUCCUCAACGCCCCACACUUCCUCUCGUAA